AAAACUUUUAUCUAAGUGAAUUUUUAGUACACUACAAGGCACAAUACGAGAAUAAACAGAAAUACAAAAGUAUAAAGAAGUCAAAUCAUAAAAUAUGGAGUGGAUGCGCUGUAACUCUUGUUGGCUUAAAGUCGAAGCAAAACAAUCGCAGUUCCAUUUAACUCAAUGCGGUCAUGUUUAUUGUGACAAGUGCAUCAUAAAAGCCGAAGAAAGAUGUCAUCAAUGUGGCGUUGCGGGCACUAUUUCACUUCCUUUAAAAGAGCCACUGAGUCCUCAAAUAUCUCAUUACUUUACGCGACCUGCUGAUUUGCUUGAAAAAGUUGUUCAAGCAGAACAAUUUCAAGAAUCUCAGUUAUCUCUUUGCUUAAAAAGAGCAGACAUAAAUGAUAAUAAAUAUCAAAGUUUGAAAGAAGCAUAUUGGGUUAGUGCUGAAAAUUUGAAGAAAGUUUAUCAAAAAUACAGUAAAUUGAAAAUGACAGUAGCUAUGAUACAAAAAGAAAAUAAUAAAUCAAUGUCUACAACUAGUCAUCCUAUGUGA